AUGCUGUGCUACUUGAAGUAUGCCGUUGCAGGCUUGACCGCAGCGACUCUAGUCUCAGGUCAAACAUUCAGCGACUGCAAUCCAAUGAAGAAAACUUGCCCGGCCAAUAUUGGCACAACCGAGUCGAGACAGACCUUCGACUUCACCAAGAGCUCGAGUCUAGAUCAGUGGACUACUACUUCCGGCAACGUCAAGACGGGCUCAAGCGGCGCCGAGUUUACUGUCAACAAGCAAGGCGAUGCUCCCACCAUUCAAACUGGCUUCUACAUCUUCUUCGGCGAAGUAUCGGUCACCAUGAAAGCGGCCCCAGGCACUGGCAUCGUCAGCAGUAUCGUGCUUGAGUCGGAUGAUCUUGACGAGAUUGACUGGGCAACCGUGGGUGGCGAUACGACCCAAAUCGAAACAAACUACUUCGGAAAAGGAGAUACCACAACAUACGAUCGGGCAAUCUGGGAGCCUGUCUCGACACCACAAGAGACAUUCCACACCUACAAGGUCGUCUGGACCAAAGAAGGCACCACCUGGUCUGUCGACGGGGAAGUUAUCCGCACGCUAUCCUUCAACGACGCGCAAUCCGGCACCAGAUAUCCACAGACACCCAUGAACGUGCGCAUCGGCAUUUGGGCCGGCGGCGACCCAAGUAAUGCGGAGGGCACGAUCCAAUGGGCCGGUGGCGCAACAGAUUACAGCAAGUCACCCUUCACCAUGUAUAUCAAGGACGUCACUAUCGUCAACUACAACCCGGCCGAGUCUUACACCUGGUCUGACCAAACCGGCUCUUAUGAGAGUAUCAAGUCCACUGGUUCUACUAACUCGACUUCCCCAACUCCCUCAAAGACGACUUCAGCUUCUAGGUCGGUCUUCAUAUCCUGUUCGUCUGUUCUCGCUAUAUCUAAUAGUCCUGAAUCUAGUGGAAGCCCUAUCACUGCUUCUCUCACAGGCACACCGUCCAGCUCCAGCUUGGUUUCUUCUCAUCCCAGUUCACCCUCUGCAUUUCCGGUUUUCAAUACGGCUUCGAACUUGACCGCUGGUGGUUUGGGAUUCAUGUCUUUCCUUGCGAUUGUCUCCGGGUUUCUUUUCCUGUAG